AUGGCAGGAGCUCCCGUGAAUGUGACAACCGUGCUUAGGCUGAAGGAUCUGGGUUUCGACGAUGGAUGCUUCAGGUUCGGAACGCUCACGCUGGGUGGUGACAGAUUUGUGUGCGUUCGGGAGUCCGAAGGCGCAUCCCCCUCCGUCGCGAUCAUCGACUUGCACAAGGGCGGCGAUGUGUCACGCCGUCCCAUCAAGGCGGAGGCGACUAUUAUGCACCCUAAUGAGUUCAUCAUCGCAUUGAAGGCAUCCGUCGAUGGUGGCCACUUUGUCCAAGUAUUUCAUCUGGAGACCAAGGAGAAGCUGGGCGCUCAUCAGUUUUCAGAAGCGGUCGUUUUCUGGCGCUGGAUUUCCAGCACGACGCUUGCAGUUGUGACCACCACGUCAGUCUACCACUGGACAGUGCGCUCCGGAGAGCCCGUGCUCAUGUUUGCACGCUCGGGAAAGCUAGCUGACCCGUCGACCAAACUGGUGCACUACGCCUCUGACGACAACGCAAAAUGGUGUAUGGUGUGCGGGAUCUACUCGCUCGAUCAGGGCGCAACCGUAGAGGGCUCUAUCCAGCUCUACUCCACAGAGCGCCGCCAGCAGCAGCUGCUCGAGGGGUACACCGGCACUUUCGGCAGGCUCCGCAUUUCCAAAGAUAACUUCGACACCACGGGUCUGCUGGUCUUCUGUGAGCACAAACGGGGCGCGCAGACGUCGAAGCUGCACUGCAUGGAUAUUUACACGCAGCGCACCGAGGGUGCCCCCGCACCACUGAAGGUGUCCAAGGAGAUCGAAAACAUUGCCACUACUAUGGGCGACUUCCCCAUAUUCGUGCAGAUCCUUGACUCCUGCGGACUCAUUUGCGUCUUGACCAAAAACGGUUUCGCGCACUACCACGAUGCUGCUACGGCGCUGCCUCUAUUCAGCCGUAAAAUCAGCGACGUGCCGCUGUUCGUGGCCGAUGCCAAGCGUAGUGAAGGCAAAGCCGUUGGUGUCAUUGCCGUGAAUCGUUCCGGCGACGUUGUGGAGGCCAUAGUUGACGAGAACCGUCUGCUGUCGGCUUUGAGCUGCCCGGACGAGGUCCGCGUGAGCCUGGCGACGAGGUUUGGCUACCCCGGGUCAGAGAACCUGGUGAUGCGCUCUUUCGAGGACUACUUCUCCAGGCGCGACUACAAGCAGGCCGCGAGGCUGGUUGCCUCUUUGAAGAACGGCGCCUUGCGCACGCCGGAGAUCAUGGAACGGUUCGUCAACGCACCGGCGUUGCCGGGGGAGUCUGCGCCGGCGCUGCAUUACUUUUCGGUGCUGCUGGAGCACGGGCGUUUGACGGCUAGGGAGUCGAUUGAACUGGUCCGCCCGGUGGUGGCUCAGGGCCGUGAGGAGUUGGUGAAGAAGUGGUUGGAUGAGGGCAAAUUGACCGAGUCAGAGGAGCUCGCCGACUUGGUCCGCAGUCUGAGCCCAUUGCUGGCAUUCAAAAUCAAUGUGUCACUCGGAUCCCACUUUAAGGCUAUCAUGUGUCUCCUGGACGCCGGCCACGCGGAGAAGGUGGUGCCUUACAUCCGCAAGAUCCCGCUGUCAGACGUAACCUACGUGACCGGUUCCACCGGCGACAGGGUCGCGCAGAUCCCAGGGCUGCCUUCGAUGGACGCUAUCGUGGACCACAUGGUGAACUCCCGAUCAGCUGAUAUCGUGGGUUUCGUGAACGACUUGAUCGCCGGUUUGGGCCCCGGAGAGUGUUUGUGCGAUGUGGGCCAGGUCACCGAGGUAUUGAUAAAGAACAACAAGCUGCAGGAGCUCACUAAAAUCUUGCUGGAAUACCUGAAGCCCAACCGCGAACAGCACGCGGCGCUCCAGACCCGCCUGUUGGAAGUGAACCUCCAGCAGCAACCGCGUGUGGGGGAGAUGAUUUUGCAGAUGAACGUGUUGACGCAUUACGACCGGUCGUACAUAGCGCGCCUGUGUGAGAGCGCGGACCUCUUCGACUUGGCCGUGAAGCACCACACUUCGUUGUUUGACAUUAAGCGCAUCGUGAUCAAGGCCGGUGGCAAAUUGAGCCGCGGCAUAUUCGAGACGACCAUGAAGGCGAUGACGCCCGAGCAGGCUUUGGAGGUUAUCCGCGAUAUGGCAGACUCCAGCGAUGUCGGCAAUCACGAGGUGGUCUCGUCCGCACUAAGCCUGCACAACCACAUCGGCACCAUGCAAUUGGUGCAAACGUUCGAGCGCAGUGGUUCAUCUGAUUUGCUGUUCCUGUUUUUGAAGGCGCUUCCGGUAAUCUCCCAGGCUGCGCUGGCGGAAAAGACAGAGCUGAAUGCCACGCUGGUAUACAAAUUCAUCCAGUGCUGCAUCGACCGUGCCGAGUAUGAUGAUCUGGAACGCGUUUGCAAAGAAUCGAACUGCUACGACGGCCUUCGCGUCAAGGAGCUGCUCAAGCAGUCCGCGCUCCCCAGCCCCAAGAGCUUGAUGAUCGUCUGCCACAAGCUGGGCGACUUGGCGGAGCUUACCGAGUAUCUCUAUCGCAACGGCAUGGAGAAGGCGAUCGAGAUAUACGUGAACACCAUAAACCCGGGAGGUGUUGCGGCGGUCGUCUCCGCGCUGUUUGACAUUGGCGCCGCGGAGAGCACGAUCCACUCGAUCCUCGAAAAUCUAAAGGACUCCAACGGCAUGAUAGCGAUGAUCAAGGUGGCUGACGAGCGCCACCAGCUGCUGAUGUUGAAGGACUGGCUGCAGAAGCGGGUCAACGAUGGUUACAAAGAAACCGAGAUCCACACCGCGCUGGCCAAGAUCAGAGUCUCUUCGCAGCAGGAUGCAGAGGAGUUCUUGCGCACCAACACCCACUACGACCGCGCUGUCGUGGGCAAGUUCUGCGAGGAGCGCGACCCGAUGCUGGCUUACCUCAUAUACUCCCAGGCUACCAUGGAUGACGACGUGUUGCGCGUAUGCGCGGGCAACUCCCUGCACCGGAUGCUGGCCUCGUACGCGCUGAAGCGCUCGUCUGCACGGAUGUGGCGGGAGAUUUUCUCGGCCGACUCUACUGCCGUGAAGCCCGAGGACCGUAAGCAUAUUUGUGAGGAGCUGGUGUCCCUGGCGCCCGAGAGCUCUAACGCGGCUGAGAUCUCCUGCGUCCUGAAGGCGCUGCUGGAUGCGAACAUGGACGCGGAGGUUAUAGCGCUGCUGGAGCAGCUGCUGCUCACGCAGACGCAGUUCGCGUCAAGCGGUAAUCUGCAGAACCUGUUGCUUGCUACCGCGGUGAGGACCAACCCGGAAAAAUUGGAGGAGUACCUCCCCAAGCUGGACAACUACGACGUCACGGCGCUAUCGAAGCUUGCUACUAGCUUGGGUCGUACCAGGUCGUCUUUCUCCAUCCUCAAGAAUGCCGGCCGCCACUUGGACGCUCUGGAUGCGUUAUUGAACAUGAAGGAGGAGGGCAUUCUCAAGGAGGCCCAGGAAUACGUUGAAAGCGUCGAUCAGUCUGAGAUGUGGUUCAGGCUUGGUAGGGCAUAUUUGGAGCACAAGGAGCUCUCUCCGGCCAUUGACGCCUACGUGCGCAGUGGCAACCCCAGCGACCACGAACGCAUAAAGGAAGCGUGCGGCAAGGACACCGACCUUUUGUUGCGGUGGCUACGCGAGUGCCGCAAGGUCAGGGAGAACCGACAGAUAGAUACCGAUCUGCUGCUGUGUCUCGCUGAGAGCGGUAACACGGAUGAGUUCCGCGAGGUGCUGAGCGCGAAGAACUGCGCCGACGUCGCAUACGUGGGCAGCAAGCUUAUGGAAGCGCAGAGGUACGCAGAAGCGGUGAUCGUUUACUCAAGCGUUCCCAACCACUCCAAACUGGCCGUUUGUCAUCUGAACCUGGACAACUUCGAGCAGGCUGCGGAGACCGCCUUGAAGGCCCGCAACCCCCAGGUGCUCCGGCAGGUGGUAGAGACCUGUGUCUUGAAAAACCAGCUCGCAAUCGCCCACAAUGUGGCCAUAGAGCUGUUGACUUACCCCGAUUUCCUGCCGGGCAUUGUAGCCAUGUACGAGAACACGGGGAACGUUCAGGAGGUCAUCCACCUGCUUGAGAAUUCGGAGCGCUCCGUGGCCGUUUGCACCGAACUGGCGAUCGCGGUUGCGAAGUACCGGCCCGACGACCUAUUGGCGCACUUCAAAAACCGUUACACCGGAGAAUCGAUCCGCACCUCUCUGAACAUCGCCCGCGUGGCGCGCGAGUGCUGCAACCUCUGGCUGUGGAGGGAGGCCAUAUACCUCUACCGCCUGGAAUCACCGGACAAGGCGCUCAUGUCCAUGGUGUCGCACUACGGCCUGGCGUGGGACGAGGAAGUCUUCUUUGCGGCGGCUGGGGAAGCUGCCAACCCGGAGGCGUUGUACAAGGCCAUCCACUUCUGUAUCCAGUGCGAGCCUAUGCUGCUGACGCGUCUGCUCAUCAGCAUCAAGAACCGCGUCGACCCCAUCCGCGUGAUAAAGAUCCUGAAAAACGCGGACUGCCUCGGCAUAGCGAGGGAGUACCUGGAGGCCGUGGCGGACAAGAGCAACCCCGGCGUAAACGACGCCCUGUUGGAGGUCUACGUCGAGGAGGAGGAGCACGAGCUGCUGGAGCGCAGCAUAGUCAGGCUGGCGGUCUUUGACCAGCAGGCGCUAUGCGCGAAGCUCGAGGGGCACCGCCUGCCGCAGAUGCGCAGCAUCGCUGGGGUGCUCUACGCCCGCUCGCGCGAUUUCUCCAAGUCGGCGCUGAUUCACAGGCGCAACGGCGACUUCGCCGGUGCCAUCAAGGCCGUCAACAUGUCCCGCAGCGAGUCGCUCGCGCUUGAGAUGGCGAAAUACUUCAUAGAGCACGGGCUCCGCGAGGAGUUCGUCGCGUGCCUGACCGUCAACUUCGGGCUGCUCGAGCCCGCCGACAUCCUGGAGCUGGCGUGGGUCAACGCCCUGGACCUCGACAUCCUCAUGCCGUUCAUGAUACAGACGCUGCGGACGAUCCCGCGCAACGCGGCGCGGUCGUUCUCCGCGCAGCAGGUCCCGCAGCCGAAACUGCAGUUGGGCUACCGCUAA